UCGCAGUUUAUUAUUUGGUGUUGGAGCGCUCGGGAUCCGCUGCGGGGAGAGAGACGCACAAACGCACGGUCAGAAAAUGACAGUAGAGAGAAUAUUUGCCGAGCUUGGACAUUUCAAAAGAUUUCAGGCAUGUCUCUAUUUUGCAGCAGUCUUCCAGGCCAUAGCCUGUGGGAUCCACUACCUGGCCUCUGUCUUCUUAGUGGAGACGCCAAACUUUGUGUGCAGUGUGCCAAACAUCACCGAUGUCCUAUACGGGAACCUGACGGGGUCUAGCCUGGAAGACAUCCUGCCGGUUUUCAAGUGGGGGAGGGGGCCCUUGGUGGUGAGGACAGCUGAAGGAGAGCAGUGGGAGCUCAGCCGGUGCCGCUGCGCCCUGCGCAUCAACCCAAGACACUUUACAUACGACUUUGAUGGCAACAAAACAUUGAGAGCCUGCGAUGGGAACUUUGCUUACGACCACACUGAAGUCCAACAAAGCAUUGUGACAGACUGGAACUUGGUGUGUGAGAGAGAGUGGCUGGCCAAGCUGUGCCAGCCCACCUUCAUGCUGGGGGUGCUGGUUGGGGCGCUGGUGUUUGGGGACAUCGCUGACAGACUUGGUCGUGUGAGGAUUCUGAUGUUCACCAGCCUCUGUCAGUUUGGACUUGGGGUGUCUGUAGCGUUCUCUGGAAACUACUACUUCUUUGUAGUGCUCCGCUUCCUCCUUGCCAUGGUGUCCAGCGGCUACCUUGUAGUGGUGUUUGUCUAUGUCACAGAGUUUACUGGCAUCAAGGUACGCACAUGGACCUCUAUGCAUGUGCACGCAGCCUUUGCUGUCGGCGUCAUGAUCGUGGCUCUGACUGGUUACCUGGUGCGGGUCUGGUGGAUCUACCAGAUCAUCCUCUCCAUGUGCACGUCGCCCUUCCUGUUCUUCUGUUGGAAGUUCCCCGAGACACCCUUUUAUUUGAUGGCCAAGGGCCGUUACAAGGAUACUCAGAUCCUGCUGGAUGCAAUGGCCCGCUUCAAUGGCCUUAAGUACAGGCUUAAAGUGGAGGACCUCCUGGAGCCAAAGGAUAAUGGCAGAGUUCUGCUGGAGGAGGGAGAGGAGCAGCUAUUGCAGUCCGAAAAGAAGCUGUCCAUCCUGGAUCUGUUUGGCAGCUGGAGGAUGGCGGGACGUACGUGCACAGUGUGGGCCAUCUGGUUCAUCGGCAGCCUGGGCUACUACGUUUUCUCUUUAGGCUCAGUCAACCUUGGAGGAAACCAGUACAUUAACCUCUUCCUUGCUGGUGCAGUGGAGAUCCCCUCUUAUUUGGUUGGCUGUUUUGCAAUGGACCGGAUUGGCAGGAAGAAGACAUGUGCCCCGGCUCUGCUCCUGGCCGGGGUCGCUUGUAUGCUCAUCAUUGUGGUACCUGCUGACAACGAGUCAUUGGCCAUCGCUCUCUCUAUGACAGGGAAGUUUGCCAUUGCCAUUGCCUUUGGUCUCAUCUACCUGUACACCUGUGAGCUUUACCCAACCAUCAUCAGGUCUCUGGCGGUGGGUAGUGGUAGUAUGAUGUGCCGUGUUGGCAGUGUGGUGGCGCCCUUCUGUGUGUACCUGGCGGAUGUCUGGGUCUACCUACCUCAGCUCAUUGUGGGAAUCCUGGCAUUCAUUAUUGGAGUGCUGACAUUUUUGUUGCCUGAGACACUGGGCAGACCUCUAACAACCACCUUGGAAGAGGCCGAAGCUCUGGGACGUAAGCCCAGUGAGAUGAACUCAGACCUGGGCAAUAAAGAUGCUGAGGAUGGGUUGAAGAUGAAUCAACAUGAAGCCAAGGUCUGAGUUGUACACUGCUGGAAAACCAGCGAGACAGAUGCACAGGGAGAAGCUUUGGGGGGGAAAUGAAGGAAAAGAGAGGAGGUGAUGGCUGCCAUAAACUGAAAGAAUCAUCAUUGAUUUAUUGGAUUGUUUAUGAAAAAAAUCACUGACAUUUUGUUCUUCAAAGUGACCAAUGAUUGAUUACUACAAAGGUCCUUUACAGGAGACAUUAAACAAACCCUCCUGCAUUCAUAGAGAUCUGAGUAAUGUAGCAGUCACUGAUGCAGUGCAAUCCAUGAUAUCAAUGAACUAGAAAAGCGUGUGUGUUUGUGUCUGUGGUGUGUGUGUGCGCCCAUGACCAAGGAAAUACAAAGUAUAUUAAAGGAUUAUUUUCACUUAAUGACAUCUUGUAACCAAGAGAAAUAAUAACUUUGUUGUCAAAGUAAUUGCUGAGAUUUGGGAGCACAGAGAUAUAGCUACCAACAAAGUCUGACAGCCAACAGCCAAAUUAUCCAAACAGCUUUAUUUCGAGGUAAAAACCAAAGGCAGCACACUAGAAAUAUCAGUAAGAAUACCUCCUAUGCACAGGAAAACUUCAGCAUACACAGCAGGUCAGAGUUAAACCACAAAAUGUGAUGUUUACAAUGUCUGUAAACUGGAUGACUGCUUGCCUUUGUUUUCUUUCAAAUUGGUUCAGUUAUGCAUACAGAUGCAAUGUUAAGCACACAAAGCAACACCAUGAUCAAAACAAUAGAAUGUUUUAUUCUAAUAACAAAGAAGUGCCAUUUUUAAAGUCACCCUUUUAUUAUUUUUAACUUUUUUUUUUUAUCUCAGGGCAUCCGCUUUUGGAUAUCACUGUAAAAUUAUCCUAAUACCUUUUACUUUUUCACUUAGUUAAACAGUAUUCAUCCUGUUUAAGAUGGUAUUGCUUAGCUUUAACUUUGUUAUUUAAUGUGAGUGUGCGCGCUUCUGUGUUAGUCCGAACAAUAGUUUGUGUCCAAAUUUCAGUAUGCUUAUUCUGUGUAUGCAAUGCACAGCCGGACAUACUGAAGGAAAUGUAUAUAGAGUAAUCUAGAUGUGUCAAGAUGUGAGAUCCGGAUGUUUGGACCAAAAAUAAACCACAACAGUGUGGAGAUUCACCUGCUUUACAAUAUGUGUAUACUAGCAUGUUUUUUUCAUAUCUUUAAUCUGAAGAACAACUAAAAAAUCAUGACAAUCAACUGGUAUCCUUACAGCGAUGACAUUUGAGCACUAGGUGAUCAAAGUACUCAGGUUCAGUAUUCAAUUCUGAAAAGUUUUACAAUCAGUAGUAUGAUUUUUAGGUAUGAAUUGUUUCAUUGGUUUUAUUUUAUUAUGGAAAGAAUAAGUAAGAGUGAGGUUGGACACAUGUACCUGCUGUAAAAACUGUAGUUCUACAGUGAUACUGAGAAACAUUUAAUAAAUGAGCAGUGUUGCAAGUAACAAACUC